AUCUGUAUGCCAACUUUAAGAAAAGGUUUGGUGGAGGCACUCUAAUAAGAGAUCUCAUGAUGGGGGCAGCUAAGGCAACCUACUUGCAAGCUUGGGAGAAGAAGAUGUCAUAGUUGAAAGCGGUCAAUCCGAAGGCAUGGGAGUGGCUGAUGGGUUUUCCCACAAAGUUGUGGUGUAAGCAUGCUUUGUCUUUUUAUCCUAAGUGUGAUGUAUUAAUGAAUAAUAUUUCAGAGGCAUUCAAUAGUACUAUCUUGGGUGCUAGGGCCAAGCCAGUUUUAACUAUGUGUGAAUGGAUUAGGCUUUAUUUGAUGAAUAGGAUGGCAACUUUACAGUAUAAACUAGGUAGGUACGAAGGUAGGAUAAUGCCUACACCUAUGAAGAGAUUAAAUAAGGAGAUUGAACUUAGUGGAGGAUGGUCACCACACUGGUCUACACCAACAUCUUUUCAAGUUACUCAUCAUCUUAAAAGCAGUGGUUUUAUUGUUAACUUAGAUAAAAUGACUUGCACAUGCAACUUUUGGGAGUUAGUAGGCAUACCUUGUAGACAUGUUGUAGCAGCUAUGGGUUUUAUAAAUCAAAAUCCUGAGGACUUUGUUGAUCAAUAUUAUUCAAGGGAAGCAUAUGAACUUUGUUAUAGUUUUAGUGUUAGUCCUAUUAAUGGUCAAGAUAUGUGGCCUACUGUUGAAGUUGAAGACAUGCUCCCCCCACAAUACAAGAGAGGUCCUGGUAGACCAAAAAAGCUGAGGAGAAGGGAAGCUGAUGAAAACCCAAAGACCGGAAAACCUAAUACUAGGGGUCUUAAUAGGUGCACAAAUUGUGGCCAGCCCGGUCAUAAUGCUAGGGGUUGCAAAAGAACAGAAGUAAACCCAUCUGCACAGCAAAGAAAGAGAAAACCCAAAAAAAAUGCUCAUGCAGCGACUACCUCCAAUGCACCUGCAACUGCUGCUUCAAAUGCAGAAACACCUUCUAAUACACCUGUCACUACUGCUUCAAAUGCACCUGUUGUGACUGCAUCCAGUGCCCAAGUUCCACAUGUUACUAUUGUGCCUGUUUUGAUUGCAUCUGGUGCCUAAGUUUCACAUGUUACUGCUGCACCCAUUAAAAAGUCAGUUAAAUGACGGCGACGAUGAUGAAAUUGUAGCAGCUGUCGAGGAAGCAGAACGUGCACUUGGCAUUAAAACGGUUCAUGCAAGCCAACCCACACCAUCUUUGAAAAUUCAAAGGCAAAUUGCCAAACCAUUAAGUUGCACUGCACCACAAAAGGGAAAGAAGCGAAAACCAACCGGGCCAUCAAGGGUGA